AUGGAGUGUUCGUGGAAAACAUUAUCUGUGAAGAAAUCUUUUAAGAUAUGUAUUGCGCAGUUGUGUUUUGCAGCCAUUUUGUUUACACUCUAUAAUAAUGUAAGUCACUCAGCAAUUAUUGAUGCAGAUGAAUAUGUAGUAACUACACAAGAACCUACAGAACAUACUCGAAUUAUCCUUCUAUGGACUUGGCCAUUAGGUAGAAAAUUUCCACUUAAUGAAUGUCCAUCCUAUCUUAAUAUUACUGGAUGCUUCUAUACAGCUAACAGAACAUUGUUUUCUUCUGCUGAUGCAGUUGUUAUCCAUCAUAGGACUAUAUUCCACUCUGAAAAAUAUUUACCCCAUAUGCCAAGACCACAAUAUCAGUACUGGGUAUGGUUUAACAAGGAAUCUCCAUCUAACAGCCCAAACUUGCACUUUAUGGACAAUCUCAUCAAUCUGACCAUGUCCUACAGAGCUGACUCUGAUAUAUUCUCUCCUUAUGGAUGGUUGGAAGAGAAUAAGGAAGACGAAAACUUCACUAUUCCUCCAAAGACUAAACUGGUGGCCUGGGCAGUCAGUAACUGGAACCCAAACUCUAGGAGGGUGCAUUAUUAUGAGCAGCUUAAGAAUUUUUUAUCCAUUGACAUAUAUGGAAGACACCAUAAACCUCUGCCCAGAAAUGAACAUCAGCAAACACUUUCCAAGUACAAAUUUUAUCUGGCCUUUGAAAACUCAAUAUAUGAAGACUACAUUACAGAGAAACUGUGGUUUAAUGCCUUCACAUUUGGUAUUGUACCAGUUGUUAUGGGCCCUUCACGUGAAAAUUAUGAGCGUUUUAUUCCCAAAGACUCAUUUAUUCAUGUAGAUGACUUCUCCACAGCCCAGGAACUGGCCACAUAUAUUUUAAAGUUGGACAGUGAUGACAAAGCCUACCAGCAAUAUUUCCACUGGAGGUCCAGACUUCAUCCUGUUUUAGGAACAAGCUGGGAGAUUUCCUACUGUAGAAUAUGCAAAGCAAUAAAAGAAGCUCCUAAACAUAAAACUAUUUCAAGACUUGGAGCUUGGUACACAUAA